UGCCUUUAUCACUUCGAGGUGGGGACGCCAACAAUCCGGAUGGCAACAUUCACCUCUACUGUGUUGUUGUGCGUUGUUGCUCUCUGCGUCGCGACCGACGGCUAUAUGACCGAAGAAUUUGUGUCCGAGUUUAUGCCGGAGCUGCUUGAUCUUGUUAGAGAAAAAGCUCUCUCUCAACUACCGAAUGAAAAGGCGACUGUCACGGUGGAUGAUGUUAGUGAUCGAGAUCGGCGCGCUGCGGCUCUGGCCGGGAAGGUUGCAAUACAACAGAUUUUGAAGAAACAGGCUAUGGCCAAGGCUCAGGAGUCGGGCAAAGAGGGAACGGCGGAUAUCAAGGCUAAGGCUAUCGAAAUAGCCGGUGAAGUCGCUAGUAAAGCGUUGGACAGCGCGUUUGGAGCUAUUUCCGACGCGAAGAAUCGGUCGGCAAAUCAAUUGAUGAAUGGGGCCAAAGUGAACGUCAAACUCGAUGAAUCAUUUCAAGGCAAAUCCGUCAUUUAUCCAGGGGACACAUCCCUCAAUGUCGAUUUCGAUAACGACCCUAUUGUUCCUGAACAAGAAUCUCAAGAACAACCGCUCUACUACAUGGGUGGCACUGGAGCAAUGGUACAAAAUUCAUGCUUUGAUACAGACUUUCCUCCCGAUCCGGAAUGCUACGAGGGAGCGACGGGCGGUGCAGUCUGCUCGACUAUUCUCGACGCGGCAUCGUUUAUUGGCGUAGGCUUUGACGGACGCAGCGAAUACAACGCAAAGUCACGCAAACUGAGCUUGAUCCAACGCGACUGUUCGGCCGGAAAGUCAUACGAUGGUAAACAGGUACCGAAUUCAAUGAUGGUCCAGGGCAUCUACGAUACGGAAGCAAACACGUUCGUGUUUGGCAGCAGAGAAGAGUAUAGGCGUUACUUGGAAGAGGGAGCGGCGGUGGGAGAAUCGAUCGUUUUCUUCGCGGACGCUUUAAAGAACGCGUACGGGGAGGCUUCCUCAGAGACAAAGGAAAUGUACUUGGCCAUCAUGGACAUAAACAUAAUCAGGUAUGAGAUUUUCUUAGACAGAGUGAUUCCAGACAAUCUCAAUCCGUCGUUUCUUCACGACUUUAUGAGCUUGCCGACCAGUUUCGAUGGUCCCGGACAUGCUUCGCAGUUCAUUGACUUCAUCUUGCGCUGGGGUACGCAUUACGUCAAAUCGUCACCGGUCGGAGGACAGUUGGAGUUGAGAAAGGCAACGGGAGUCAGCGUGACGCAAGACAUAGACGCUUUUGCUCGAGAGGCUCGGAAAGACUUCCAAGGCAUCUUCAGGAGUUCUCACGCACGUGAUUAUCUCGAAACCAGCCAGGAGAACAAAGUGAAGCAAGAGGCGCAAGGUCUCUCCAUGAACGCUCAAGGAGGGGAGCAACACAUUGGCGCCCUCCUUUCCGACAUGUAUGGGCCCGGCUUCAAAACAGCUUUAGUUUCAUGGCUCGAGUCUCUCGUCACGUACCCUAAACCGUUUGAUUUCACUCUUGGCCGCAUCAGCGAUCUUGUCAACUUCAAGGAAAGCGAGUUGUUUCCGUCUGAGGAUACUUAUCUGGUUGAACGGUGGGGAUGCGAAGCUAAGAAAGCGGCCGGCGAGCUGGAGACCGAUGAAAUCAGUGGUGAACAGUACUACACGUAUCAGGAAGAAGUAAUCAAGCCGGAUGGCACAGUGGAGUCAGUAACGAAGAGGAAGUACUGCAAGUAUUUGUCACGUGAAGAGCUGACGAAGGUGAUAGCUCAGAGAAGACGCGCUCUAGACAAAGCCAUUUCCAUCUACCUUGAGGAGGGCCCGAUUUCUACGGCGGACACGUUCGUUCCGGGAACGGGUGUCGGUUGCACGACUCCGUAUCGUUCGCAGUCUCUACCCGAAGACGUUCCGACGUGGGACGAACUCACUGGGCCUGACGGUUACGAAGAGUUCCACAUCAGCUUCGACAUGCAGGCGACCCUCUACGGCAGCGGCGGCCGCAUCAUUCCGGCCAAGUCCGGACACGACGUCGUGUACAAAGACAAGAAAUGGUACAAGAAAUCUCAAGACGGCCUCGUUCAUCUCUACAACGGUUUCGAUAACGGCAACAGCGGCAACCUUGCCUCUCAACGAGUGUCUAUCCUUGGACUCGUUUUGGACUACAACGACGAAGACGGCACUCUCUACUUGACGGAGGACGCAUACGAGGCGAGCGACAUCUGGCACUCUUCGGAGGCUAGUAAUCUCGUCAACAUGUCGUUGGCGUUCUUCAAUCCCGAAACGAUAGCGGACAUCAUUACACCGGAGUCUCCGAUUCCGUGCAAUGUGCACUGGUCGAAUAUCGACCGCAUGGCCAUCGACUAUUGUCUCAAGUUUUCGGCGUCGUCGACGAGUACGAUUUUUGUCGUCUUGGCGGCCGUACCGCGGCUUAUCGACACGUGGUACUACGUUCGUAUGGCGAGAGACGAAGCGUCGAUACACAAGGCAAAUAAGAAAAUUGUAUCAACGCUCACUAAAAACGCGGCGUCGAUUGCCACUAAGGAUCUGUAUCGAAACUAUCUGGUGUGUGCGAGGGAAGACGAGUACGGCGAGUUCCAGCUUUAUCACGGUUUGCAGUCGGACGAUCUCGUCGGCGGCACCGUACUCCUCCCGUUCUACGACAUCGCCGGCGCCGCACACUAUCCGCUCCGGUUCUUCGCCUUCGGCUGUGGCAACGACGACGUGCGCAUCACCGACGUCUCGGUCGUGCCCUAUAACGAGCUCAACAUCGAAUGCGGAACGGGCGUCGUAGGUCAAAAAGAAAAAUGUCUACAGGAACGCUGUGGGGAAGAAUGCAGGGAAGCUGGUUGCGUCGAAUACAUUAACUCGGAGGGAGAGAUGGAUUACACAUGCAGCGGAACGAUAAAUCCUCGAGACUGUCCGUGCGCUUGUAUACUCGAGAAUAACCCCGAGAGCGUGUCGGGCGUCUACACGAUAUCCGUCAAGGAUUACGAUUUCCCGUUCGACGUCUACUGCGAUAUGACGUCGGAAGGCGGAGGAUGGACCGUCUUCCAGAUGAGAUUCGACGGCACCAUCGACUUUACUCGCAACGCGUUCGCCGACUACGAGGAGGGAUUCGGCAACGCGAGAAGAGGCGAAUACUGGUUGGGAUUCGAGCGGCUGUAUCUCCUCCUCAACAUUCAUCGCGAGCAGAAGAAUCAGUUGAGAAUCGAGGUCGAGGACUGGGAAGGCCACAAGGCGCAUUCUAUUUAUCAGAACUUUGAGUUGUCGGAUGGCGACUAUAAAUUCAAUGCUGAGUAUUCAAGCGGAGUGAGCACGGCAGGCGACGGAUACAGCAAAUACUCAGAAAAUGGGAAAGCAUUUCUGGCGCACUGUAGCAAUCCAGACAAAGUCGGAGGCGGACACUGGAAAGCUGACGGUUGCAAUUCGUAUGCCAACCUGAACGGGAUAUAUUACCCCGAGGAGCACAAGUUUUACCAAGAUGUUUCGGUAACGAGAAACAUCGACGGCGUCGUUUGGCCGACGGACUGGAGCAGCGACCGUCCGCCCGGUACGUGCAGCCAGUGUUCCGAGUACUACUCGCUCAAAAAGACGUCGAUGAGUUUUCGUCAGGUCGGAUGAUGAUGAUGAUGAUGAUGAUGAUGCACGCACUGAAGUAGAAAAACUGUUGCUGCAUGCCUGUCGUAGGUUGUAGUGAGUAAGGGAUUUUUUUGUGUUGUAGCGUUGCAGGAAUGGUCGUUCGUCUUGCUGUGAUGUUUUAGUUGUAGUGUGUGGCAAGUGUGGAUCUAAUAGCAAAGCAUUUCAAUCGAG